CGUCGGUGAGUCCAAAUUUUGAAUCUCGGAGCCCUUCGUCUGCCACCUCCGUGCACCCGGUCCAUAAACUCAGUGACCUAACAUAACAACCCCCGCUACAGACGGACGGCUUCCCCUGACGCUACCGGUUCAUGGAUCGGAUCCACAGGAUCCCCUCCGCAAUUGCCCCCUCCUUCCCCUUCCUUUUUUCUCUGCUCCGCCGCCGCCGCCGCCUCUCCUCUGCUCCCCCGUUCCGUUCACCUCCCAAAACAGCUCAAACAAAUCGAAGUGGGGGAAGAAGAAGAAGAGAGAGAGAGAGAGAGAGAGAUCCAAUGGCGGACGCGGUGUCGUACGAGGAGCAGCGGCGGAGGCAGGUGGAGGCGAACAAGCGGAAGCUGGAGGAGCUGCAGCUCCACCACCUCUACGCCGCCGUCCGAGAGGCCGCAGCCAAGCCCUCGCCGGCCAAGUCACUGAAGCGGAAGGCGCGGGCGCCGAUGGAUGCAGCCGGUGGGGAGGCGAUGCCGCUCCGGCGGUCCGGCCGCGUCGCCAACCUACCCGAGCAGCCCAAGUACCGCGAGGUUGUUCCUGAUUUCGAGAGGAAGGUUAGGAGGACGUACGGCACGGGGAGGAGGGACCUGGCCAACCGGGUGUACGCGACCGAUGAUGAGCGGAGCUACGCCAUCGCUAAGGCAGAGGAGCUGGAGGACGAGCUGGGCUCCGUCUACCCCAUCUUCGUGAAGCCCAUGACCCAGUCCCAUGUCACCGGAGGUUUCUGGCUGGGCCUCCCGAGGCAGUUCUGCCAGAAAUAUCUGCCGAAGCGCGACGAGACGAUGACGCUGGUGGAUGAGGAGGAUGACGAGUUUGAUACGCUCUACCUCGCGCCGAAGAAGGGCCUCAGUGCCGGAUGGAGAGGGUUCUCCAUCGAACACAAGCUGGUUGAUGGAGAUUGCUUGGUCUUCCAACUGAUUGAGCGGACAAAGUUCAAGGUCUACAUAAUUAGAGCAAGCUCCUACUAUGAAAAUGAUAACUGAUGAAAACUGGGAGCUUCUAACAUGGUGAUUGGAGCAGUGCUGGAAAUGGUGUACUUGAGAAGACCGGCGUGAACUGGAUGGAAUAAGUUCGCAGAUGGAGAUUGCUAGCCGUCUUCAGCCUUUUGAGUGGCAAAAUGUUCAAAAUAUUAACUUAACCUAUUCUGUACCAGCUGUUACUUUGUAAACUUCUUAUUUGGCCUUACAGAGUUCAGAAAUCUGCACUAUGUAAGGGGAUGCGUAUGGCAACUGACCUCAUUUUGUAAAUUGAUUCUCGUCCUUGUUUAGCUUGGUUCCAUUUUGGGUGA